UUGAAUUUUUAUUUACUGCAAGUCUUUACUCUGUUGAUACAAAGGUGUUCUUACAACAUUUGAGGAACUUUUCACACACAAUGAUUCUGUAAAACAAAUUCAAAUUGUAAAUAAAAUGUCUUGGUCACAUCAUAAGCAAUAUCUCUUCUACAACUUCGUUACCGCCGCUUCCACCGCCACAACCAGUGGCGAGCAGUUGUAUUAUUGAAUGCUCCUCUCUUACUCCACUCUUCGCCGCCGCCGCCGCUGCCACCUUUUUUCUUCUCUCUCGCGUGCUCCCACCACUCUUCCGUCCGUUCAGUCACCCAACCUUUACCUUCUCGACAACAACGCUUUUCUCAAACCCCACCUCUUGGACCUCUCCCUCGCGAUUCCCGAAGCCACUCGCACGUGCUGGAGGCUCCCCGCGCUGGGCCCCUCGCACGUGCUGCAUCUCUUGCAGGCUCUCCAGUCCCGUCGCGUAACGCUCGAAAAGGUUCGGUCUUUGUGGGAGGUUUUCAAAUGGGGUGCUCACACGAACGCGGGUUUCGACUUCAAGCAACGUUCACUGUCCCACGAGAUCAUGGCCUCGCUUCUCGUUCAAGUGGGGUUGUUCAAAGAAGCCGAGGAGUUGCUUUUCGCGUUGGAAAGCAAUGAAAUUUUUGAUGAUCUCAUUAAAGGGUAUGCUGGUGCGAGAGCAUGGGAAAAGGGUGUCUUUGUGUAUGACUUUAUGAAGGGAAGAGGGAAGGUUCCUUCGAGGGAUUGUUACGGUGUUUUGGUUGAUCUUUUGGUGAAAGUGAAGAGGACGAGUCUUGCAUAUAGGGUGGCUUUUGAUUUGGUGGAUUUGGGUGUACCACUGAGUGGUGAUGAAUUGAGGGCAUUGAAGAUGGUUAUGGUGCAGCUUUGCGUUGGUGGGAGGAUUCAGGAAGCAAGGAACUUGGUGAAGAAGGUGUUGGUUCUUAAUUGUGAGGUUAGUAGUUUGGUUUUUGAUGAAAUUGCGUUUGGAUAUUGUAAGAGGAGGAACUUCAAAGAUUUGGUUAGUUUCUUUGUUGAAAUAAAGUGUGUCCCUAGUGUGAAGGCUGGUAAUAGAGUUAUGAAUUCAUUGUGUAGGUGUUAUGGUGUAGAAAGGGCAGGGCUGUUUUUGCAAGAGCUUGAAAGUUUAGGUUUUUGUCCUGAUGAAGUAACCUACGGGAUAUUGAUUGGUUGGAGUUGUCGAGAAGGGAAGAUGGGAAAUGCAUUGAGUUGUUUAUCAGCUAUGCUAUCAAAAAGCUUUGUGCCACAUAUAUUUACUUACAAUGCUCUUAUAAGUGGGUUGUUUAAGGUAGGUAUGGUGGAUCUUGCACGUGACAUUGUUGAUGAGAUGAUUGAGAGGGGGACACUGCCUGAUGUAUCCACUUUUAGAGUUCUUAUGGCAGGGUAUUGUAAGUGCAGGCAGUUUGAUAAAGUGAAAAGUUUGGUUCAUGAGAUGGAGAGCCGUGGUUUGAUUAAGCUCUCUUUGAUGGAGAAUCCGAUUUCCAAGGCUUUUCUGAUUUUGGGCUUUGACCCUUUGAGUGUGAAGUUGAAACGAGACAAUGAUGGUCGACUUUCGAAAUCGGAGUUCUUUGAUGAUGUUGGAAAUGGACUUUAUUUGGAUGCAGAUGUUGAUGAGUUUGAGAAACACUUAACUUUGGAUCUUGAAGAAUCCAUGGUAACCAACUUCAAUUCAUUUGUGGGGAAGGAAUGCAGCAAUGGUAACCUGAAAAAGGCAUUGGUUUUGGUUGAAGAAAUGCUUUGUUGGGGACAAGAAUUGUUGCUGCCUGAAUUCUCAAAGUUAGUGAGACAACUCUGUUCAUCCCGGUCGCAAACCACAUCAAUGACAAAUCUUUUGGAGAAAAUGCCACGGUCUGCUCAUAAACUUGACCCAGAAACUCUCAAUUUGGUUGUACAGGCAUACAGCAAGAAAGGCUUGCUGUCCAAAGCGAAAACUAUACUUGAUGAAAUGCUUCAAAACAAAUUUCAGGUCACCAAUGAGACAUAUACUGCCAUAUUAAUGACUUUUUGUAAGAAAGGAAACAUGAAAGACUUCAAUUUUUAUUGGGAUGUUGCAUGUAGAAAUAAAUGGUCACCAGGUUUGGAGGAUUUUAAAUCUCUUCUUGUUCUUAUGUGCCAUCAGAAAAUGCUGAAGGAAGCAUCACGGUUUCUUGAAAUCAUGCUUUUAUCACACCCUUGCUUAAAGUCAGAUAUAUGCCAUGUAUUUGUGGAAGUACUUUCUAAUAAGGGUCUUACAGACAUUGCACUUGCAGCUUUAAAACAACUACAACCUUGUUUCAUCUUGGAUGACACUGGUUAUAAUAAUCUUAUAAGGGGCUUAUGUAAUGAGGGAAACUUUUCUCUUGCCUUUACAGUAUUGGAUGAUAUGCUAGAUAGAUGUUUGACACCUUGUUUGGAUAUUUCAGUCUUGUUAAUCCCUCAACUAUGCAAGGCUAAUAGAUAUGACAAAGCUACUGCAUUGAAAGAUAUAGUUUUGAAAGAGCAUCAUUCAUUUUCUCAUGCUAUAGAUUGUGCAUUGAUGCGUGGAUUUUGUAUCAUGAGGAGCAUAGGGAAAGCUGAAGCUAUGUUCCGAGAUAUGUUAUCUAAAGGGUUUAAUCCAGACGAAGAACCAGAACUGUGUAACAUGCUUAUUCAGGGUUACUGCCAAGCUAAUAACUUGAGAAAAGUGGGGGAACUACUUGCUGUUGCAAUAAGAAAGAGUUGGUUGCUAUCCCUCACAAGUUACAGGAAUAUGGUGCGAUCAGUUUGUAGGAAAAAUGGAGUCUGGUUUGCUCUGAGCUUAAAGAACCUUAUGCUUGCACAAUGUGCACUUGAUGGACAUAUCAUAUACAACAUUCUCAUAUUCUAUCUUUUAUCAGCUGGAAAUAGUUUAGCUGUUAACAAGAUACUAGCUGAAAUGGAAGAGAAGAAAGUUGUGCUCGAUGAAGUUGGUCUCAACUUUCUUGUCUAUGGUUUCUUGCAAUGUAAAGAUUUAUCCAGUUCCCUGAAUUAUCUUGCCAUCAUGAUUUCAAAGGGAUUCAAACCAAGUAACCUCAAUUUGAGGAAGGUAAUAAGAAGCCUGUGUGAUGCUGGGGAUCUGCAGAAAGCCCUGGAAUUGAGUCAAGAAAUGAGAUUAAGAGGUUGGAUACAUGAUUCCGCAAUUCAAACAUCUAUUGUAGAAAGCCUUCUGUUGAGUGGUAAGAUACAAAAAGUAGAAACCUUUUUGGACAGGAUGGGAGAGGAAUCUCUGACUCCUGAUAAUAUCAAUUAUGAUUACCUUAUCAAGUGUUUUUGCCAACAUGGAAGACUGAACAAUGCAGUUCAUCUUAUGAACACAAUGUUGAGGAAACAUAACAUUCCAAUUUCCACCAGUUAUGAUUUUCUCAUUGUUGGAUACUGUGCCCAGAAUAAAUUGGACAUAGCUAUGGAUUUUUACUCUGAGAUGUUGAACUGGAAUCUCAAACCAAGAAUUGAGACAGUGGAAAUGCUUGUCCAUAGAUCCUGCCAAGAUGGAAAGACAGAAUUAGCAGAACAAUUCCUAGUGGACAUGAGUCAUGGAGGUGAAACUCCAACCAGAAAAAUGUAUUGCACUGUAAUUAAGAGUUAUCACAUGGAAAAGAAUCUCAGGAAGGCAUCAGAGCUCAUGCAAGCCAUGCAGGAAAAUGGCUAUCAGCCUGAUUUUGAAACACAUUGGUCUCUCAUAAGCAACUUAAACAGUGCCAAAGCAAAGGACACUGAUAAUGGUGGCAAGGGUUUUUUAUCAAGACUUCUUUCCAGAACUGGUUUUCUUCAAAAGAAAUGAUUCAAAGAAAUGACCUUCUGUUGUGAAAGGGGUAUUUUUUGGUUGUAUAUUUUUGACACUACAGUUUUGGUCUCAACAUUGUUUAUUAAAGUUUGUUCAUCACUUUGAGUGUACUAGUCUAAUUGUAAAGUGACUUUAUCAUCUUUCUGUAUUUGGAACUUCAUGUAAACUUCAAAAUUCACACUUCUGUAGUUUCUAGGUAACAUGUAUUUAUUAGUUCUGUAUUUCUUCUUGGAAACUGACAGAUUCAUUAUGGGAGAUACCACUCAAGACA